AUGGCGCCAAAAGGGCCCAUUACAACGCCCUUCACCCAACUCUUGGGCAUCCAACACCCCGUGGUUCUAGCCGGCAUGGCCCAUACUUCCGGAGGCGAGCUUUCUGCUGCCGUCUCUAAUGCUGGCGGGCUGGGAGUCAUUGGUGGUUUGCAGUACUCGCCCGACCAGCUUCGGGACAUCAUCGCCGAAAUGAAGGCCGCCUUCAAGCAGCCAGAUCUGCCCUUUGGUAUUGACCUCGCGCUUCCGCAGGUGGGCGGCAACGCACGGAAAACAAACCACGACUACACCCACGGGAAGCUCGAGGAGCUCAUCGACCUGACCAUUGAGAGCGGCGCUAAACUUUUCGUGUGCGCAAUCGGCGUGCCGCCCAAGCACAUCAUCGAAAAGCUGCACAAGAACGGCAUUCUCGUCAUGAACAUGGUGGGCCACCCCAAGCACGCCGUCAAAGCCCUCGAUCUCGGCGUCGACAUGGUGUGCGCCCAGGGCACCGAGGCCGGCGGGCAUACCGGCGAAAUUGCAAGCUCGGUCCUUGUGCCUGCCGUCGUGGACGUGGCCCGACGUUACAAGCCGCCGAUGCUCAAGGGUUCUACCGCCUUGGUCCUCGCCGCCGGUGGCGUCUGCAACGGUCGGGGUGUUGCCGCCGCUCUGAUGCAGGGCGCCUCUGCCGUGUGGGUUGGAACCCGCUUCGUGGCCUCGGUGGAGGCCAACAGCAGCAACGAGCACAAGCAGGCCGUCGUGGACUGCGACUUUACAGGCACGGAGCGGACGCUAGUCUUGUCCGGAAGGCCCCUGAGGAUGAUGCCCAACGACUACAUUCGGCGGUGGAACAAGAACCCCCAGGAGAUACAGAGCCUUUGCGACCGCGGCAUCGUCCCCGUGGAGCAUGACCUGGAAAACGGCGCGGAGGACAUCGAUGUGCCUCACUUUAUGGGCCAGGUGGCGGGUUCCAUUCAGCGCAUUCAGCCGGCGGGCGAGAUUGUUCAUGAGCUUGUCGAGGAAGCCGCCGAGAUGCUGCGGACCGGGGGGACGUACCUUGAUGGGGGUAGUAAGCUGUAG